CCAAAUAAAGGCAAAAAAAAAAAAAAAACCCAAUCGAGAGUCAUCACUCUCCCGUCCGCGUACGUUAACCCUUUCCCACCCCCAUCAUCUCGACCUCCUUUUCCACCCCCCCGCCAUCUCCAUCUUCUUCCUCGAGGAUGGCUCUCGUCACGGACGAGAUGAAGACCAAGGCCGAGGUCUACCACGGCGACGAGAUCUGCCGCGAGAAGCUGAACCUCCUGCUGGCGGAGAUCGGCCUCCCCAACGGCCUCGUCACGGCGUCCCAGGAGAUCGAGGAGUACGGCUACGACAAGGGCGCGGGGCUGGUGUGGCUCAAGCACCGCAAGAAGGCCGAGCAGAAGGUGGCCGACAACGUGGUCGUCUCCUACGACACCGUCGUGUCCGCCCACGUCGAGCCCAACCGCAUCCGCAAGCUCCGCGGGGUCAAGGCCAAGGAGUUCCUCAACGUCUGGGUGAAGCUGAGCGAGAUCCACAUCGACGGCGGGGGCGGCUCCCCGACGCCCACGGCCGAGCUCAUGAUCACGUUCAAGACCCCCGUGGGGCUCUCCCGGUCGUUCCCGGUCUCGGCCUUCGAAUAGCGAAGUCGCCGGAGAUGGCGACAAUUGGUUGGAGGAAAAUCGGGGCACAAAAAUUGAACUGUUGAUAAAUUUGUAUAAAAUAAGGUACCCAAUAACAUAUUAUCCCUUAUUCGAUUUAUUAAAAAGAUUUUUGCUGCCUGCUUCUUA